UUUAUGUACAGUCCUUCAACUUCCAGUACCAGUCUAUUUUCAGUGCCAACCCUUGUCUGAGAAAGUAAAAAUGAGUGAUCCAGCAAAGACACCGGUGGAGCCCGCCGCUGGGUCUGAUGACGGAAAGAAGGGAAAAGGUGGAAAAGGCCAUGCGCAUGGAAAAGGAGGCGAGCAUGGAGGAGAUCAUGGAGGCGACCAUAAAGGAAAAGCAGGAGACCACGGAGGAAAAGGAGGAGACCACGGAGGAAAAGGAGGAGACCACGGAGGAAAAGGAGGAGACCACGGAGGAAAGGGAGGUCGUGGCGGACAUUAAAGAUUGACUCAUACUACCUUUGCAUCUGUUGUCAUCACUGUAAUUAUUUAAAAAAUGUUGAGCGAUUUAUUAAAGUUUACAAAUCUAUAAUAAAACCUACUUAUAAAACAGCCA